AUGGUCCGGAGCUAUCUUAGACACGGCCCUACUGAGGCUUUCGGGCUCGUCUGCAGCUCAAGCUCAAAUUCCGUCUGGGAUGGCAAGCUUGCAUAUGUACCCGCACUUGAAGAUGUUCUUGUCUGGGACGUUAAAAGAGCUCAAAUGCUAGCUAUGUGGCACGAAACUGGACAUCGUGCCGAAGUAACCUGUAUAGAACAGUCUCCUCAGAAAGACGUCUUUGCUGUUGGUUAUGCCGACGGAUCUAUUCGCUUGUGGCAGUCUCAAAAUCAGAGUGUUAUCGCAACGUUCAACGGCCAUAAGAAGGCCGUCACCGCUUUGCGGUUUGACCAAGCCGGUGUAAGGCUUGCGUCUGGGUCUCAGGACACAGAUAUUAUUCUUUGGGACAUUGUUGGAGAGGGUGGACUGUUCAGGCUACGUGGGCAUCGUGAUCAGAUUACUGGGAUACGUUUCCUAAGCACCGCAACAUAUUCCGCAUCGACAUCUUCAGCCGUUUCCUCUGUUGACUUUCUCGUGACGUCGUCGAAGGAUACGCUAUUAAAAUUAUGGGAUCUUUCUACUCAGCACUGUGUGCAGACUAUCGUCGCGCACCCUUCAGAAGUAUGGACUACAGAUAUCAAUCCGGAGCAGGACUUGAUUUUUACUGGGGGCGGAGAGGGAGAACUGAAAGCCUGGAGGAUUGAUCAUGAAGCACUAUCGGAAGGAUUAAAGGAAUCAGGAACGGGAGAGAUGACCAGAAUGAUCCAUUUCAUAGCGACCCUUCCGCUUUCAACGCGACAUAGGAUCUCGCAAUUGACAUUCCAUCGUUCAAGAGCUCUACUUGCUGUGCAAUCCCAUGACAGGUCCAUCGACGUUUUCCGGAUCCGUACCGAGGAGGAAAUACGGAAGAAACAGGCUCGAAGAAGAAAACGCGAAAGAGAAAAGGCGAAGGCAAAGGGUAACAAUGCGAAGAAUGAGAAGGAGACGGAGAAAGGAGAAACUGAGCGUGACGAACACAUUGGCGUGGGCGAGCAGGAAAUCAGACUUGCUGAGCUGUUCACUCCGCAUCUCGUUAUCCGAGCAAGCGGGAAAAUCAGGUCGUUCGCUUUCUCGAGUGAGGACAAUGAUCCAAAAGGUGGUGUGCACCUCUUAACUGUUUUGAAUACCAAUUCCCUAGAGGUAUAUGAUAUUCCACCGCCAACGAAGAACAAAGACGAGCCGCCAGAGGCGACGCGACUGUAUUCGCUUGACCUACCUGGACAUCGCACGGACGUGCGUACAUUAUGUCUGAGCUCCGACGACCAACUCUUAGCAUCGGCAUCAAAUGGAACUCUCAAAAUCUGGAAUCUUAAAACCACGGCCUGCAUACGAACUAUUGAUUGUUCAUAUGCUAUUUGCAGCUUGUUCUUACCUGGGGAUCGACAAAUUGCCAUUGGGACCAAAACCGGAGAAAUAGAACUCUUCGACAUUGCCUCGUCUUCCUUGAUAGAGACAGUCAAAGCCCACUCUUCAACUGUAUGGUCCAUGCACAUUCGACCAGACGAGCAGGUGUUGGUCUCGGGCAGCGCUGACAAGGACGUCAAGUUCUGGGAGUUCGAGAGAGAAGAUACUGGAUCUUCGUAUACAUUGGGAUCCAUCCAGGCGCUUGUACACGUUCGGACGCUUAAAAUGACUGAUGACGUCCUCAGCGUUCGUUUCAGCCCGAACGGCAAGCUUCUCGCUGUUUCUUUGCUCGACUCGACGGUCAAGAUAUUCUAUCAAGAUACUUUAAAAUUCUUCCUGUCAUUGUACGGACACAAGCUUCCUGUCCUAUCCAUGGAUAUCUCGGAUGACUCCAAGCUAAUCGUCACUUGCUCCGCGGACAAGAAUGUCAAGAUCUGGGGCUUAGAUUUCGGCGAUUGUCAUAAAUCGAUUUUUGCGCACGACGAGAGUAUUAUGCAAGUUGCCUUCGAGAAAGCUUCUAAUUCGCAUUACUUUUGGACUGUUAGCAAAGAUAAGCUACUAAAGUACUGGGACGGAGACAAAUUUGAAAACAUACAGAAACUGGAGGGCCAUCAUGGUGAGAUAUGGGCGUUGGCUGUCAGUAAUCAUGGCAAGUUCGUUGUGACGGGUUCCCAUGAUAAAUCGAUCCGCGUCUGGGAGAAACUUGAUGAACCACUAUUUCUUGAAGAAGAGCGAGAGCGCGAGCUUGAGCAAUUAUACGAAAGUGGAAUCGCCGAAAUGAUGAAUAGAACAGACGAGCCAAUAGGAUCAGGAGCACCCGAUGCAGAAGGCGUAGAGCAGCCAGCAGAAGCAACAGGUGUAUCAAAACAAACGACCGAAACACUGAUGGCAGGAGAACGAAUAAUGGAAGCCCUCGAGCUCGCCGAUAGCGAACGUUUCGUGUUCGCAGAAUACCGCGACGCAAUGGCUAAACUUCCUGCUCACGAGGCAGAGAAACUCCAACCUCCACCAAGAAAUGCAGUUCUUGCGGCGUACAAUAUGGAACCGGAUCAAUACGUGCUCAUGAUUAUCGAGAAAAUACACAACACUGCCUUGAUGGACGCUGUUCUCGUGUUACCCUUCAGUAAAGUCUUGAGCUUGAUGGUGUACCUCAAUGAAUGGGCUAGGAGGAAUCAAAAUAUCUCGCUAGUGUCGCGCAUUAUGGUAUUCCUUCUACGGACACACCAUCGACAGAUAGUCACGCAUAGAGCUCUCCGUUCUUCGUUAAUCCCUUUACGCAAACACCUUCGCGACGCAUUGAUGAAACAGAAGGACAUGGUCGCGUACAACCUUGCUGCCUUGCGUUACAUGAAGCGACAGGAUGAGGCAACACGAACUGCUUUAUUUCUGGAAGAAAACAUCGUUGACGAGGACAAGAUCAAGGAACUCCGAGAUCAAGUCGUAGUAGGCGAUGUCAAAAAGAGAAAGAGGGUCACAAUCAAUGCCUGAUGCCUAAAUUCAGACUACAAUGUACUGAUUAAUUUACAUCUGUGUUGGUAAAGGCAUAGAAAUUCGUAGUACAUAGUAUUAAUACAUUGUGUUGGCUAGUCUACAAUCUAAACUGUACAUGUCUUGGACCAUUGUUAUAAUACAUAGAACUCUCAGAGAAUGUGAGAUGGUCUUGUUAUUUCAGUUAUUUUCUGGUCCCCAUAAAUCUUCAAACCAAGUCACCGGGUCCGUUGCGUGUCUCAUCUGUACAUUCAAGACGCCCUCGUCGGGAUCGGUAAGUUGAGAAAAUGCCCCUUUGGUUAAGUCUACGUGCUUUGAGCCGGGCGCACAUCCUGCACAGGAGUCGACCACACGGACAAAGACGCAUUUCAAGGGACCGUUGCAAAGCUCGAGAAACUUGAAGCAUUUCGGCUGCGAGUUCCAGCCUUCCAGAGUCAGAGCGCAAGCAAAGGAUUCGUCGGUGGGUGCCCAGGUCGGCUUAGCCCAGCAGCUCGGGUUCUCGAGAUCAUGUCCAGUGUACCAAGUGAUCUUGACCUGCUCUGGAGUACCCAAUCCUUUCAUUUCUUUGAGCACUUGCGCAAGGCCACCGUGGGAUCUCUUGGGUGGUGCCCUCGGAUUGGGUUUCGCAGGUGAAGGCACCUUUUCAUAUUUGUACGAGAGAUCGGUAACAUUAACGUUUUGCCAUUCUCUAGGAUCGAAAUGAUAGUCGUCGCCCAGCGAGCGAUAGCGGGUAUAGUACUUCC